GCAUAUUUCAUCAGACCUUUAAAUAUUGAAGUGACAUAAUAAGGAAUAAUAAUAAGUGAAUUGAAUUGAAAUAUGUUAUCAUCAAAUUAUUCUUUAAAAGUUCCAACGGAAAUAGUAGAAUCAUAGUUCCGGCGAUGAGGUCAAUAUUUAAAAAGUGAAGUGAAAUAAUGGUUCCAAUAGUCGUACACAUUUCUGUGGAUUUCUUUCACUACAGUUCAGAUAUCGAGUUUUAUGAACAUAUUGCAGAUUUGUUUUAUGUUAUCAAGCGUGGUCGGAUUAGUCGGGGGAAUGUAUUACAUACAGCCCGUAAAAAAAGUUAUUGAAGACUUCGACUCUGCAGAAUACGAAUACAAACUGAUUGAUGACAUCAAUGGAGCCUCUCUUUAUACCAAAACGUUGGAAGGUAGAACUACGUUUAAAUCUGGGCAAAGUAGUAUCUAUGAAAUAAUAACUCAACCAUCCAAUCUUGGGACAACAAAAGCUUUCUAUGAAUAUGUAAAUGACCUGCAGGAAGCCACAGAUGCUGGUCAUGUCGAAAAUUCACUUGCCGUCGAAGAGACAACAACGUCCGUGAUUGAUAUAUCGACAGCGGAAGAACAAUAUAUAUAUCCAAAUGAAUACGAGCACACGAAUGAAAGUACCGUGGAUGAAGAAGCCCUACAAUCCAUCACGUAUUAUAUAUCAAACUUUGCCACGAACGAUUAUAAUGACGUUGUAGAAUCCCAUGAGAAUAGUGGAAAAAGAAAACAAUCUGAUUUUGUUAAAAGAGAAAUCAGACAAAGAAAUCAGACCCGUGUCAAGCCAACAUUUGGACGCGAUUAUAAUACAGAUAGGAAGUUGAUGAACGAAAUUAGAGCAUUGCUGAGAAAGUAUAAACUGCGGGGCCGUGAAUAUCUUCUUAGACUUCCUCGGGGCUUUAGCGACGAUCCGUUCCCAAUGUUGUUUAAACCAACGAGAAUCGUACAAUUUAUACAUAGAAUACCAAGAUACAAUUUCAAGUUCCAAAGAGUUAAUAAUAAAUUUAGUGCUUUUAACGAAAAUUAUCGCCAGGGUGGACUUAUGGUGGGUUUUGCAUGGUCAUCUAUCGGCAUCGUAUUGUGUCUGACGUCCCUUCUUAUAUGCUUCACACUCAGGGCAAUUAAAUUGACGCGCAAGAGCUACAAAAUAUACAGGAUUGUUCUGUCAUUGCUGUCGACAGGAGUUCUCGCGAUGUCCACAUCCAGUGUUGGCCAGAUUGGUUAUACGGAGUAUCUAAAGGCUUUCGACACUCUAUUUCGAAUUAAAAAUUAUAUAUCGAAGAAUGGAUACGAAUUUGAACUAUUUGGACAACACAUGCGAAAUUACAAAUACAUAUACAAUAACCUAGAUAAAUAUUUUAACCCCGUGAUUAAAUCUUUACCUGAGUUACAUAAAUUAAAUAUAGACACAACUAAGUUGGAAAGAGAAAUAAAAAUAUUGAGAUUAUUUGCUAAUCAGACGGAUUUUCGAGAUCGAUUGAAAAUGGGAAUACUUUACAACGAAUUCAUUCAAUCCUUACGAAGGAAGGCCGAAAUAUCAGUUACCGCUAAAGCACUAUUUGAAACUUUGCCCUUGUUACUUAUCGUAUUUCGUUACGGGCAUGUAAAGAAGAUCAUUAAAGUAUGCAAACCUAUUAAACCAACAACAUGUAAAUGCAAACAAAAAUAUGAUGUUUCACGGCUUCGACUGAGAAGCAAAUCAAUACUUAUUUUGUCGAGACCUGGUGUACAUUAUAUACCCCAUAAAAGGCAAGUCGUCUUCGACAAGUUUAAAUCUUACAGCAUUGAAGGAGACGGGAGUUCCAUGGCAUGCAGGUGA